AUGGAGGAGCAGCAACAAGAUGAUGAAUUUAUGAUGUAUAGAUUCAAAGUGGAGCGUUGUUAUGAAACUUCUUCUCAUUAUUUUAGUGAAUGUUCCUUUGUUCAUCCUGGGGAAAACUUAAAGCGCCGUGAUCCGAAGCAAUAUAAUUACAGUUAUCUCCUUUGUCAUGCAUUUCAGAAAUCUGGAUCAUGCUGGAAAGGGGAUGCAUGUGAAUAUGCACAUGGUGCUUUUGAGUCCGGGCUGCAUCCUAGUCGAUACAGAACAAUGUAUUGCAGAAAUGGAACUGAAUGCAGAAGAGAAGUUUGCUUCUUUGCUCACAAUCAUGAGGAACUUCGCCCGUUGAAUGCUACUACCAGUUCUGCUUUGCCUCCACCUACAUUUUAUUCAAAUUCACCAAGUGCUUCUGCAAUGGUUCCUUUCACAUUGAGCUCUCCGUAUGCUUUGAUACAAUCUUCAUCAAUGCCACCUUGGACACCGUCUGCAAUAUCAUAUCCUGCAGGAAGAACCAUGUGGCCGACUCCGACUCAAAUUCGUACUACAGUCCCUACACCUCAGAUGCCGAGCAACAGCUUGAAUGCUAGAGAUAAUACUCAUCUGGACAUGAAAUUUUUCGAAUAUCACAAUAUGCCAAAUCUAAUGAUGGAAGGGUCAAGUAGGCUUGCUGGAGUGAAUCCUACUAACCUUGAAGGCUAUUUUGGGUCAUCGAUACAAUCUCCGACAGCAAUGCAGGGGUAUCAGAAUGUGAACCAACAACUUCAGAGAUAUCCUUCUCAACUUACCAAUUCUAAUGUGGUUAGAUCACAACAGUUCAGGUUUUAUCCAAUUUUGAAUUCAAGAUAUGAUGCCCUUUCGAAGCAGAGCCAGAACUUUAUCGAGAGCAGCAGCAUGGCGAGCUUUAAUUCCAUGCUUCCAGAUGCUACCUCAGUUACAUUGGAGCCUUCAACUUCCUUCUCUGGUUUGCGCUCUCGUGAUAGAAAAUUAGAAUUGGGCGACACUAGCAACACUUCAACAAUGGCUGCUGCAUCAAAUGUUGAUGAGCCGGAUGUAGGUUGGGUUGAUGAACUUGUGGAUUGA